AUGGCUGUGGUCGGUGCCACGGUGGUCACACAUCCCAUCGACGUUGUGAAGGUGCAGCUCCAGCUCUCGGCCAAAGAUGCCCAGGCGGACUCCUUCAGCAUCCGGCGCUUCGUGAGCUUCUGGGCGAAGUUCCAGUCCAAAGUGGGCCUGCCAGGCCUCUUCUCGGGCGUGCGAGCCGCGGGCCUGCGGGCGGCCACCUACGGCUCUGUCCGCAUCGGCCUCUGUGAGCCACUGCAGCAAGCAGUGGGCAACAAGACCCAGGGCGCCCUGGCUGCUGGCGUACUGGCUACGGUGGUCGGGAACCCUUUCGAAGUCUUAAAAGUGCGCCUCCAAGCGCGGCCGGGUGCAGUUGGAGAGCUGCAGCUUCUUCGAAGCAUGUUGCAGGAGGAAGGCAUCGCAGCCUUCGGGAGAGGCUUCGGCUGGGCGGCAGCACGAUCUGCGCUGUUGACGGCAAGCCAAGUCGUGCCAUACGGCUCGGCGAAGUCUGCCUUGCAAAACGCCGGGGUCCCCGAAGGAGGUGUGCUCCACAUCCUAGCCAGCCUGGCCGCCGGAGUCGUUUCAACAACGGUGACCGCGCCGGUUGAUGUCCUGAAGACCAAGGUCAUGAGCUCGCAGGACGGAGCUCCUCUCAACAUCCCCGGACUGGUCAGGAAGCAGGGGCCCUUCGUUUUCUUUAAGGGGUGGCUGGCCAACUACGUGCGCAUAGGCCCGCAAACGCUCUUCAUCUUCGUGUUUUACGAGCAGUCUCGCCUGCUCGUGGAACAGUGGAGGAGAUGA